UGGUCCAGCCUCUAAUAUCUGUCAAAACUGGUCAAUGUAAGUCUACAAAUUUGUUCUAACAGUAUCAUUAAAUAAAACUUGUGUAAAAAUGAGCACAAAACGCAAACUCAAAAUUUUCUUGAGUGACUGCUUUGCUGUUAUUAAAAGUUUUCGCAUUGAAGCUCUAUAAUAAAUUGUUUCGCUUAUAUUCAUUCACUCAAAAUUUGUACUUUUUUACAGAUUAACUUAAAUAAGCAGUAAAUCAGACAUAAAUUACGCUUCUGCAGGAGAUGAUAAGAAAAAGUUUUUUUUCUAUUUUGAAAAAGGAGCGGCCGUUUUAAUAAAACUGAUUGACCUCCUGGCUAUUUUCGAUUAGGACCUCCCGCCAUCAAAGGAUUAUUUACUACCGAAUAAGCAGAGCAGGUUAUUUCCCUUAUUCCUGAAGUUCUAGAACAGACUUGUUUAAAUAAGCUGAGCAAAUGUAACCGGAUCUUUAAAUGUGUUUUGCCUUUGAAUCGCAACCCCAAAAAGAAGAGUGACCGCGGCUCAGAUAACAACUUUCUACAAUUUCCAGCACCAAUGAAGCACAAUAUAACCAAUCAGGCAAAAAACUUUGCCAUUAAAAAUCCUUAACCAGGGCCCUAACCCAUAAUUUUACAAGCUCACCCUUUAUUAUUUUGAAAAAGCUUCUUAAAGAGCAGAAAAGACGUCUACAAUACUAUAAUGCCCAUGUAGAAUUAUUAUGCCUCAGCAUUCGUUCUUAUCCCCGUUGUUACAAAUUUUCAUUUUUCUUAAUUUAAUCGGAGCUUCCAAAUCAGCAAUGAGACAUCACCAGACGGUCAGGGGUAAUUUAUCCAGACAUCUUCUAGAAGACUACGACGCUAACAGUGGUCCACUGUAUAAAAAUGAGGAUAUAAUUAAAAUACAACAUUAUUUAUCUUUACAGCAGAUUGUGAAAAUCGAUCCUAAGACGGAGACAUUACAUGUAAAAUUGCACGAUUAUCUUUCGUGGGUCGAUCAGUAUCUCUCCUGGGACCGUGAAAUGUUUCGAAAUAUUAGUCAGAUUUCAAUGAAACGUGAACAAAUUUGGUUACCAGAUGUGUUUGUCAUCAACCAGAUAGGGAGGGAGAACUACUACAUAAGGGAGAACGUGGUCCCAGUUACGGUGACCGACGAAGGCAGAGUUUUUAUGGACACCCCACAACACCUGAGAGUGUUCUGCAAACUAGAAAUGGCCAGUUUCCCCUUCGACACUCAGACGUGUGAGAUAUGGGUGGGCUCAUGGACUAGAUCAGAAUCCAAACUGGAGCUCAUCAACAACAAAAUUCCAUGCUUGGAUACUUCACACUACCAGUUGAACUCAGAGUGGAGUCUAGAGGGCGUGGUCUGUGCAGAAGUGACUGUGGACCCCCUGUUCUACCAGGAGGAGGGGUUCUCCAGGAUCAAAUACACGCUCACUCUGGCCAGGAGAUCCGCAUUCUACACUAGAAUACUCAUACUGCCAUCAGUACUUUUAUCAUUCCUCUCCACUCUUGUCUUCAUCCUUCCAAACGAAGGAGGCGAAAAGGUCGGCUAUAUCAUGUCACUGUUCAACACACAGACAUUCAACAUGGUCAUGAUAAGGGCCUUCAUACCCAUCAAUUCUGUUCAGGUGCCUAUAGUAAGCCAGUACUGCUUUGCAUCUACACUCAUAAUCUGGUUCUCUCUCAUCAUCAGCAUAGUCGGACUUGCCGCCCAUCACUCUACAGAAAUUUACGACUACUUUUCCGACAGACGACAACGCAAAAUUUAUCAGCUAUUCGCAGUCGCUGCAAGGUUCCUCUUUGUCCCCAUUCCGAUGGUGAAGAAAAUGAGACGCGAGCUUCCGAAUGAAAUUUUUGAAAUAAGCGACGAGCUAAGGUCCGAAAUAUAUUCGGACAAUACUUCACUACCGAGACUAGCGUUUGAAGUUUUUCGAUUAGAGCGAAAUAUUUUCGAAAAUUCGAAAACGAAGGAAACUCUGGUCGAAACUCACAAAGAAAUUUGGAGAUUUUGCAUUCGAUGUAUUGAUCGAGCAGGUGCAAUUGCUUUUCUGAUAGUGAAUAUAUUGGCACUUCGUUUGGUUGUACCAUACUAUUUACAAUGACCCAACACCUACGUUUGAUGCAAGUAGCUUUAUUGCUGUUCCCUGAUUUGCAAAAAGCUUUGUAUAAUAGGAUUUUUUCGAUGCAAGUUGAAUACCCGACAAAUAAAGUCGUCGAGUAAUAUAUUGUGUCCAAACCCUUUCAAAUUUGAUUCAGAGUGCAUUAAAAACAUGAGUCUUUUUCAGAUUAUGAUAUUUUUCACAUUUACAUUACUCCAUAAUGUAAUUUUAUCCAAUUAAGAGACUAUAAUUACUUCAUACGUAAC